AUGGGUGCGUACAAGUACGUGUCGGAGCUAUGGAGGAAGAAGCAGUCGGAUGUGAUGAGGUUUCUCCAGAGGGUUAGGUGCUGGGAGUAUCGCCAGCAGCCUUCCAUUGUUCGUCUUGUUCGUCCCACACGUCCCGACAAAGCCCGUCGUCUCGGCUACAAGGCCAAGCAGGGGUUUGUUGUGUACCGUGUCCGUGUGAGACGUGGUGGUCGAAAGAGGCCUGUUUCCAAGGGUAUUGUCUAUGGUAAGCCCACUAACCAGGGAGUGACGCAGCUCAAAUUCCAGCGCAGUAAGAGAUCUGUUGCUGAGGAGCGUGCUGGUCGCAAGUUGGGUGGCCUUAGGGUCGUCAACUCCUACUGGCUCAACGAGGAUUCUACCUACAAGUACUACGAGAUUAUCCUUGUGGACCCUGCACACAAUGCCGUCCGAAAUGAUCCAAGGAUCAACUGGAUCUGCAACCCAGUGCACAAGCACAGAGAGCUCAGAGGACUCACCUCCGAAGGAAAGAAGAAUCGUGGUCUUCGUGGAAAGGGUCACCGCAACCACAAGAACAGACCUUCUCGCAGGGCUACCUGGAAGAGCAACAACACUCUCUCUCUCCGUCGUUACCGUUGA